UAGGAAGGGGCGUGAGAUUAUAAAACCGAGGAUCGCCUCUUGUCUUUUUGUACCUUCCACACAUUAGUCCCUACCGCCCACGGCCACCAUCUGCUGCUCCCGAAGCAGAGGCUCAUACAACGGCGUCAAGCCUGGAGCUUUAAAGACAAUAACGGGGUUUCCCGUUUAAAGCACCACGGUUCCCAAGACAUUGGAAUAGCUAAGUGAAUUUGAUCACUAAAGCUAAGACCACCGUUGUUGCCGCCCUCCACCAGUUCAAACAAAGUCACAAAAAUCAGGACAAAAUGGUGCAGAACAAGAUCACCGAAGUUACCGGAUUCCAUCGCUCUUUCAAGGGGCAAAAUCCCUUUGAAUCUGAGGAAUUUUCCAAAACAGGAUCCCAUCUCCUUGAAUCUGCCUUCAAUUUUGAUUGUUCCGCCCGGCCUGAGAUGCCCUCCAGCCGGCCCAUCGACAUCCCAGAUGCCAAAAAGAGAAACAAGAAGAAAAAGAGAUGCCGGGCAACAGACAGCUUCUCAGGGCGAUUUGAGGAUGUAUAUAAACUGCAAGAUGAGGUGUUGGGGGAAGGGGCCUAUGCUAGGGUACAGACUUGCAUCAGCCAAAUCACCCACAAAGAAUAUGCUGUGAAGAUCAUUGAGAAGAGGCCAGGACACAGCCGGAGUCGUGUUUUCAGAGAGGUGGAAAUGCUGUACCAGUGUCAGGGCCACCGAAAUAUUCUGGAGCUAGUGGAGUUUUUUGAAGAGGAGGACAAGUUUUACCUUGUGUUUGAGAAGCUCAGAGGAGGCUCCGUCUUGGCCCACAUUCACAAGAGGAGAUACUUUAGCGAGCAGGAAGCCAGCAUUGUGGUGCAGGACAUUGCGAGUGCGCUGGACUUCCUUCACAAUAAAGGUAUGGCCCACAGAGACCUGAAGCCUGAAAACAUCUUGUGUGAACACGAGCACAGGAUUUCGCCUGUGAAGAUUUGCGAUUUUGAUCUGGGCAGUGGGAUUAAACUCAACAGUGACAGUUCCCCCAUCUCCACUCCAGAGCUCCUCACUCCAUGUGGAUCUGCUGAGUACAUGGCGCCAGAAGUGGUGGAAGCCUUCAACGAGGAGGCCACAAUCUACGAUAAGCGCUGUGACCUGUGGAGCCUGGGUGUCAUCCUCUACAUAAUGCUUAGCGGUUAUCCCCCCUUCGUGGGACGCUGUGGAAGUGACUGUGGAUGGGAGAAUGGAGAACCUUGUCAAGCGUGCCAGAACACCUUGUUUGAAAGCAUUCAGGAGGGCAAGUACGAGUUUCCGGAGAAAGAGUGGGCUCAUAUUUCCUCCAGCGCCAAAGACCUCAUUUCCAAACUGCUUGUGCGGGACGCCAAGAAACGUCUCAGCGCCGCUCAGGUUCUCCAGCACCCCUGGGUACAAGGGGGUGCCUUUGACUAUUCCCCCUCCUCUAUCCUGCCGCAAAGGAAUAGCUGUGCAAAGAACCUGACUUUCUUUGCGGGCAAGGCUGUUGCUAUGAACCGGCAACUGGCCGAGCAAGACGACCUGGAAGAGCAGCAGCACCAGGACCCUCUUCAGGUCAUCACAGCCACUGGCACAUCCAUGCGCCUCUCCCCUCCCUCCAACUCCAAACUGGCUAAGCGCAGACAGCGGAGUAGCCUGCUGAAAGGAGCGCCCGUCUCUGCAUCUGAGCUCAGGCAGCUCCUGGCACCGCUGGUCAUUGUGGGAGACUGCGCUUAAUCGGUUGAGCUGGGCUCCCAGUGAACAAUUUUCCAAUUUCAAAUGGACGAACAAACAAGUAUCUGCUAUCUUUUGUGCAAAUCCUUCUCUGUUUCUUCUGCCCACUUGAAUGGGACCCAGUCCUUUCCUAAACCGUGGUUCAGUUUGUGCCUGUUGUAAAUCCAUUUAAUUCCCUCAAGCACUGGAGCAAGAGCUCCUACAGCACUUUGAUCAACUUUCGGCAGCUUGGGAAUCACCUUAAGAGCUCAAGGUGAAUGAACUGGACUCUGUUUAGGAUAGCGGUUGGGUUACAUAAGCCAUUCGGAAAUUUGUCUAAAGGUAGAGCAUAAAAUACCAGCUCAAACACCAAAGGUCUAAUACCCCCACCCCCUACCUUUUUAUGUGCUGCUUCCACAUUACAACUGGAUCCACUGUGAAUUUUCUCUGUGAGAGAUACAACUGCAUUUGUUUUUCAGGAACGUUCUUCCUGGUAUGUGUUUGUGUGUGAGAGAGAGAGAGAGAGAGAGAGUGUGUGUGUGUGUGUGUGUGUGUGUGUGUGCGCAUAUAUCCCCAUCCCCUUCAGCAGAUACUGAAGAUACUGGUAUGUGCUUAUGCAACUCUGAUGAAGGCUAUUUUGACUUGCAUUACUUUAGCAGAGAUCUUGUAUAAGUGGAGCGAAACUCUGAUAAUAGUGCCUCACCUUACUUAAUCCAUCACUGUCCUUCCCAACAGCCUUUUAAUUCCAAGAAGAAAAUCCCCUUAUCAAUAGAAAUAGCUAGCUUUUUUCCUCCAUUACUCAAGCACUUCCAAAGUGUGUCCUUCCAGUACAGACUUUGCAUCACUUAGCCAGACUAGCCCGGCAGUCUGCUUUUGAGACAUGGGUUCCCCUAGUUAAGGAACCAGUACACAUGCUGCAUUUUACUUUGAAUGCAAGGUUUCUGCCUUGCAAGACUCAAAUUGGAAUUGCAGCAUCAGAUGCAUUCAACCUGAUGUCUAGGAAAACAUAAGUUUCCUGUAAAAUUCACCAAAAAUCUUGUCAGGUAACUGAAAAGAGUGAAUACAAACAUUUCUGAGCACAACUGGGAUUAAGUGCAUGCUGGGAAGCAACCAGGUGGUUGCACAAGCACACGUUUGCCAAUGUGACUAGAUGAAUGACGAUGGUUGGUAUCAGGGAGUCGAGGCUUUGAACUUGUUCCCCACUUUAAGGGGGAUGAUUAUGGUACGGAAAUUUCAAACUAUCAGCUUGUGGAUGCCACCAAAAGCGAACUAUAUCAAUAUUAAGAGUGGAGGGAGAGAUUAUUUUCAAGUAACUGAAAAUGUAAAAAAAUUAAAAAAGGAAAAAACAUUCCAGAAAAAAAGGAUUUAAAAAAACGGAUAAAAAAAAAGUCUUCCAAGAAAAUGUAGCUGUAUGAGUGAAAUGGUCUAAGAAAGUUUACUUGUUUUGUUUUUGUUUUUGUUU